CAAAAAAGCCCUAGACGCAAAAUGCAUGCCGGGCUGUUUAUGCAGGCAUUCUGGUGUCUAUAUAUGGGAUGCACAUGACAUAACGGAAUAAAGAUUAUUUUUAAAGAGAGACAACUCUGGUAAUCUGCUUUAAAAUUUAGUUUAGGGGUUAUUCUGUUGCGGAGAUCUAUGGUCGAGCCGGUAGUUAAACAUAAGUACGAAAUAUUCAACCUGCAGUUGAAAGAUAAAAAACGGGAAAAAACAUCAGCUAAGUCAAGGUGUUCCGAAGACUGCAGAGAAACUGAGGACAUACUGGAGUGCGAAGUAAAUCAUCCCAUAAAUAAUGACCGAUGCCUCGGAGAUGUGUGCAGUUAUCGCCACUAGGGGGCAAGCUACACUUCACUUUAGAGUUAGUCAUACGUAAAUAUUUGGGCUGCACCAAAGCAAAAGCUUUGCGUAAAUGUAUGGAGUCACCAGAGGAUGAUUCAUAAAAUCACUUGGAAGAGGAUCACUCGACCCAAGUCCCACGGAGAUUUAUUCCACCUUGGUUCUUGUAUUAGUAUAUUUGCGGGCGAUCGAAGAAAACGGUACCGAUGAAAACACACCAGGAAGAAACAAGUGUUGUAUCUCUCCCGCAUUUUCGUCGCUAAAAUCAUCCGUUCUUCUCUGAAUUCAUCCUUUCCAGCACAGCCCAACAAUCAGGAGGAGAUGCAGAGACGUGAAGGUGCUAAUCCAGUGGGAUCCGGCUCUGGUGAAGAGCCGCAGACCAGAGAAGAGUUUUUACAGUAUUCCUGUCAACUUAAAAUGGACCUCAACACGGCACACAAGGCACUCCACCUGGACGAGGGACACAGACAGGCUGCCUCCGGCGGGACCCAGCAGGCAUACCCAGAUUGCCCAGAGAGAUUUGACUACUGGCACCAGGUUCUUUGCAAAGAGGGUCUGACGGGACGACACUACUGGGAGGUCGGGUGGAAUGGAAAAGGAGUUAAUGUAGCAGUUGCAUAUAAAGGGAUGAGGAGGAAAGGAGACAGCAAGCCAGCCUCUCUUGGAUUCAAUGACCAGUCCUGGAGUUUGCAGUGCACUCCUACCAAGUACUACUUCUGGCACAAUUGGAGGAGCAUUGCAAUAUCAGGACCCCUCACUUAUAAAAUAGGGGUGUACCUGGAUCACAGUGCAGGAACUCUGUCCUUCUACAAUGUCUCUGACACGAUGACCCUCCUGUACAGGGUCCAUACUGUGUUCACUGAGCCCCUCUAUCCCGCGUUCAAAUUAUCCAAACCUGGCUUAAUCAGAAUAUGAAUCAUGAUAUGAAGUUAUGAUAUGAAGUCAAACUGUGCCUUUAGCCAAAAGAGAGAAGUACAUGCCAAUUAAGGGAUAAGGAGCAUUGUGUUUAUUGUGAGGAACUAGAAAACCAAUAAUGUUUGUAUGCAAAGGGUGGGUUGCAAUGGAACAUCCAUAUUAAUGUGUAAUGAAAGUGUAAAAAAAAGGACUAUAUUCUGCCAAAUGAAACUGUCAAUCAUUGGUUCCCUCAGGGCAGGCCCAACCCUUUUUGGGUGCCUAAAUAAAAUAAAUGAAAAAGUAAAAAUACAAUUA